UCAGCAGGAAGUGACGCUCUCGCUUCCUGCUUGCGUCUCUUCACCUUGUAGUUCUGCAGACUGGCCGCCGGGUGUCAGUGUGUGACCGCUCUGCACGGGCUGCUGCUGCACAGGCAGCGGGUCCCCUUCCACGGAGGCCGCCAUGUUGCACCGCCAUGUUUCUACAGGAGCCCAGAACGGACAAACCCAACACCGGCUCUAGAGAGAGUCUUUAUUGAGUUUCGCUUCACCGUAGUUUCUCCUGCACGCUGGGAAGGGGAGGGCGAGGCGAGCGGUGCUCACAUGGUUACAAACUGCUGUUAGAUGCCACUAAAUCCUCCACACUGGACCUUUAAGUCCGUUGCCUCGGUGCAUGCUGGGAAGCUUUCCACACACCUGCUCCUGGGACGCUAAAGGAUGUUUUAUUUUUUUAACGCCAAACCUCCGUGAUGUUUUUCAUCUUUCUCGUUUGCUGCUUUUGUCCACAACGUUAAGACUUGUAGGACUUUCAGAGGGAAGUGUUGCCCAUAUUUGGCGCCCCGGGGGCGUGUCUGUAUGUAAAUGAGCCUGGACGAGCACGCAGACGUGGAACACCAGCAGUCAUGUUGGUGCUGACAUUUCUGCUGCGAUAAAUAAAGAGUGGAGGUUGUUGCAGCAGCAGACUAAAGCUCAUGAUGACGAACUUAACGCUGCUUAGAGGUGAAAUAAAAGGGGAAAGCUGGAUGUGGAUGUGUGACGAGAAGCACGUAGCUACACCUCCUCCUGCUCCUCCUCCUCCUCCUCCUCCUGCUCCUCGCUUUUUUAUGAAUGAGAUUCAAACACACACGCACACACACAGAAUGAUGUCAGCAACAAGCCCAUCCCCCACUGAUGCGGGAAAAACCUCACGAUCAGGAAGAGAGAGAGGCGUCCUCACGUUUCCCAUAAGUCUCUCUCCCUCUCCCUCUCUCUCUCCCACCCAUCUGGGGAGUCGGGCGAGCAAACAUCACCUCCCCUCCUCCCCCAUCUCUCCAUCCUCCCUCCUCUCUCCUUCAUGAGCCAGAGGAUGAGUAAUCCAACGAGGGAGGGCAAGAGAGGUGGAGAGCUAAUGGGAGAGAGAGAGAGAAGGGGGAGGGAGGGAGAGAGGGAGGGUAUCAACGCAGCAUCAUCAUCAUCAUCAUCAUCGUCUGUGAACGUGCAGAACGAGAGGAUGAAAAUUCAAAACCUUUCAGCUCCUCUUCCACUGCUGAGCGCAGUCACACCGGAGCGGGCUAAUUCCUGGACUGUCAAACGCUGAAAACAGAAGAAGAAGUAAAAAUGAGGUGAAUGAAUAUUUCUGCGAUGCACAACACGCUUUGGGAUUAUAGUUCCACAAUAACUGGAACUGGCUAAUCACUGGAGUGAAGAGAGAUAAAGAAGAAAACCCAAAGGAAGAGGGAAGAACAUCUAUUUUCUGGAAUGUUCACUUGCAUGUGGAGCGUAACCAACUAAUCUCUGGAAGAGCUGGACAAGAGGGAGGCAUCGUGGCUUGUUUCACUGGAUGAUGCCUGACUAAUUCAUGUCUCAUCUUUUGGAUUGCGGGGACGGACUACUUCCUAAACAGCAAGCCAGCUCUUUAAAUAUCCGUCCUAACGAACCGGCUACUUAGAAAAAUCUGUGCCACUCCUCCACAUGUGCUGUUUCAGAGGCUGGGAUCUGGCUAAUAUCUGGAACCUUUGAUCCAUACCAGCACCUCACUGUCCUACACGUCCCAGUAACUGGACUAUCUUCUGUAUUACAAGUCUGCAUACAGCCUCCUCCUGGGACCAGGUUAAUCUUUGGAUCAGCGUGUCUGGCAUGUUCUGCUUCUGCCUGCAGAGUUCCCUGCUGAAGCUUCAGGCGCUGGAGGUGGAGGGGGGCCCCUCGCUGGGUCCGUCCCCAGAGGAGAGCCCCCCUGCCCUGGGCAGCAAGGAGCAGAAGAGCCCCUGCGGCCUGGUCGAGCUCGGAGGGAAGGAGGGGAAGACGGUGGCUCUCUGCCACAGCAUCCCCGCUGACGAAAACAGCCCGCCAGAGCUGCUGACAGUCCUGACCAGACCGUCACAGUCUCCCAGACAUCAGCUGUUAACCACCAUCCACCCUGGUCAGCAGCCCCUGACCCCCGAUGGAGCGCUGCCCCCCAGCCCUCACCACUCCCCCUACUCCCCACCGAGGAGCAGCCCCGGAGGUGAGGCGGGAGGAGGGGGAGGAGAAGGAGAAGGUGGAGCUCUCCUCCAGCUGCUGGCGGGCGGCCCCAGCCCUCUGCCCUCCCCCCGCUGCUCCAGCCUUAGCCACAGCCUGAGGUUCAACUCCGACCCCGACACUGCACCGUCACCGCCCUGCAGCCAGCAGUACAUAGUGUGUCGGGGUCGGGACAGGCCGGAGGGAUCGGAGGACGAGUGUCCCUCCUCCAUCCCGUUCCUCAGCAGACAGAUUCAGACCCUGAAGAAGAGGGUUCGCAGGUUUGAGGAUCAGUUUGAGCAGGAGAUGAACUACAAGCCGUCCCACAACGAUAAAUACUCAAACCCAGAGAUGAUCCGAGUGAUGAAUGAACUGGCGAAGGCUCGCAAACAGCUCAAAGAGUUGAGACUCAGACAGUCGGUGUUUGAGUCGAAGGAGCAGGACGGUCCAGAAAACAUCUGCAGGUACGGCUCCGGCCAGCAGGGGGCGUCGGAGCACAAACCCACACUGGAGGAAACCGUGGAGUCUCUGUUCAGACGCCUGAGAGAGAAGAGACAAGCCCUGGGCCUGCCAGACAACAUGAAGGAGAUGACUCAGGCUCAGAUGGUGUUGGAGAAGAUCACUCUGCAGAAAUGUCUGCUCUACUUUGAGAGUCUGCAUGGCCGACCGGGAACAAAACAGGAGAAGAACCUGGUGAAGCCUCUGUACGACAGAUACCAGAUGAUCAAACGUUUACUGUGUGCCAGCCCGACUAUCACUACCAUAGAGGAGGAGGAUGGUUCUGAUGAAGACUCGAUGAGCUCAGUGACAGUCAAUGAACUUCCUGUCCCGCCUCCUCGCAGAGCGACCCGACCAGCAUUCUGCGAGGAGGACAGCGACCGGGACAGCGACCCCGCCUUCGUGUCCCCGUUAGACGAGGUGAAAGCCGUCCAUCAACAAGCUGCCCUCACCACAGCCAACCUGCACGCAGCCUCCAGGUCUCAGCUGCUGGAGAGUCUGCGGGAGACGAGGGCAGAGAAGAAGACGAGGCGUAAAGCUCUGAGAGAGUUUGAGGACGAGUUUUACCGUCAGACUGGAAGAAUCUGCCAAAAAGAGGAUCGUACUCUGAUGAAGGAGGAAUACCAAGAAUACAAGCAGCUCAAGGCUAAACUCCGUCUGCUGGAGGUCCUCCUCAGCAAACAGGAAGUCACCAAAACCAUGUGAGAGGAAGUGGAAGCUCCCAGAAACUCCUUCUACCGCCAAACUAUUCAUGUGAUUAUCUGAGAGGAGAAAAGAUCUUUUAUAUGUUCCUGUUCAGAGGAGAGGAAGUGGUGGGUGGAAUGUGUUUCAGCUGAGGUUACGCUCUGGAUUAUUUGUCGAGAUGCACCAAUAGAUGUUUGUUCCUUUCCGUUAUUUAUAUAGUUCAGCUAAUUUAGCUGCAUAUCUCUAGAGUUUAUAACGUCAGUCAGACGGUCGUAGCCUGAAAAUCAAAUUAUCUAAGACGAUAAUCUCUCACUUCAUUAUUCAGUCCGACAUGGUGUUCGUGUUAGCUGAUUUCUGUUUUAUUAUGACAUAUCCAUCCCGUCCAAGAAACAUGGCAAAUGGUAAAUGGUCUGCACUUGUAUAGCAUCUUUCUAGUCUUCCGACUCCUCAAAGCGCUUCACACUACAUCUCUUUCACUCCAUUCACACACAUUCAUACGCUGAUGGCAGGUGCCAACUGCUCAUCAGCACAAAGAAAGUUACUCAUUCACACACACUCAGUAUUUUGACCAAGGACACCUCGACAUGUGGGCUGGGGGAAGCCGGGAUCGAACCUCCGAUCUUCCGAUUCGGGGACAACCCGUUCUACCUCUAAGAUUUAAAAUAAUAGUUCCACAUUUUGGGAAAUACGCUUCUUCUCUUUCUCUCUAAGAGUUAUAUGCUCAGAUUUAUCCACUCUCGUGCCUGUCAGGGCACUUGUUCUGCUGGAGCUAUUUGAGGGGGAUGUCCAUGUUAAUGAUAUCAUAAUGUGAUAACUGUUAGCAUGCUAGAAAUGUUUGCAUGUUAACAUGCUACCAUUAAUGUAACAUAUAACCGUAGCAUUAGCAUAGUAACUCUAGUCAGCAUGAAACACCGAGCAUGUUAACAUGCUUACAGUUAUCACUUUAGCAUACUAAAGAUAAUGCUAUGUUAUCAUUAAGUUCUAUACAGUCACAUUGAGCUGUUAGCAUGUUAGCAUAGCACAUUUAGCAUGUUAAGAUAGCAUGUUAACAUUCAAAUGAAUGUUCAUAGCGUAACAUGUUGGGAGAAACUGUGUUCUUGUACAUUUUUGGUGCGUCCGGAGUUUUAGUACAUUUGUGACUUCUCACUACUUCCUCCUCAAACUGAACAUUUGUAUAAACUGUAAAUACUCCAGCAGAGUUUUAUAAAGUUUGAAAAGAGACCAGACUUCUCUCUGUACAGUCAGUGGAAACUUGUAUACCAGCAUCCUACAGCUUGUAUUUAUUUACCUGCAUCUUCAAGUCUGAAUUAUUUUAUACAACUGCAUUUGUUGAGGAUAUUUCUGGAGUUAAAACUAACUGUAAACAUGUAUUACUUCCAUCUGUUGAUUUAACGGGCCAAAACAUUUUUCUAUGGGACUAAAUGUGUGUUUGUCCAAUCGAAAGCACUUUAAUCUGUCACCGUGGUCGUGGAGGACAAAGACAAGAGUUUAUUUAUGAAUGACUUCCUUUAAAAGGAUGGUGGCAGGUUUUAUGAUGAAGCACCAAGACACCGAACCUUCCUUCCAAAGAAACAACAAUGAGAUGCUUGAAAAUGUGUAUCUCUUGUUUAAUUCCAAGACCAAAAACAGCGGUUUGGUUUCUGAGGAUUGAGAAUGUAAUCUGAACUAAACAUUGGAAACCUCAUAAAGCAAGAGAUUAUGGCAGCAGAGCUGUAACUAACAAAUAGUUGCAGAUUAAUUUUCUGUCAGUCAACUAAUUGAUUAAUCGGCUAAUCGUACGGCUCUAUGAACUAUUUAAUGAGUAGAAACAAACUGAAACCAAGAGAAAACUAAAACUGUAGGUAUGAUCAGGUCCUAGGUUCAUCCCUACUGGCUUGUUCUGGAGCUUUCGACCAUAUCACAUAGCAGUUAGCUCAGUUGGCAUGAACUUCAGUAUUAGGCAGAUUUAUGGGAACUUGUUGUUGAUGUGAACUGUGAUUAUCACUUUGCUGACUUUAUCUGAACCACCGCUCUGCUGUAGGUAAAGAAAAUGGCCUUCAGAGUUCUCAGUGUGAAGGAGCUGAUGAGGUUCAGUGUUGUGAUGAGAUCUCCACUAAAAUGUGCGAUUAGACUGAAAACGUGUGGGACAAAGAUGCAAUGUGUUGUUAAACUGUGUGUCAAGAUAUUCUUUAAAGCAACUACAUGGAGUAAUGUAGAGACAGAGAUGCAUCUGUAUUUAUAUCAUAGCACUUAAUGUUGGAAAAGGGAAUUUAUUUUUAUCCAAAGUAUAAUGUUGAUAUGCAAUAUGGUCUGUUAGUAGAGAUCAGUGCUGGUGUGAGUGAACUGUGUCCUCUGGAUUUCUACUUCUGCGUUAAGGGUUUACGUCGUACAUACGGCGGAUACGUGCGUAUACGUUACGUUGUACACUACAACGUAUGCUACGACGUAGCCUCAAAAGUGUAACUACACAUCAGGCGACAGCGUCGAUGGAGAUACCAUGUGAGGACUGCGAGAGCUGUGAUUGGCUGCUUGUGUUUUCCCCGACAUGUUUCUGAUGCCGGUGGAGUUUGUUGAGAGUACUACCCAUAUCUACGGUGGGACUCCCGUUAACUCUUUGUAUCGACCAUAAAUCCAGUUUAAAUUCUGAACAUAAUCCAGCAAGCGAUGACAUUUUUACGUAAUAUGAAAAACAAUUUAGUACGUAAAAAACGUACCGUCCAGUAGACGGGGUUGAGUAUGGCGAGCAGAGAGUUCAGCCACAGCUGGAAACGUGCGAGAGGUGAAAUGAUUUGUGUAUUCCGGACAUCUGUGGUAAAAUGUGUCGCUGUGUCUCACUAAGAAACAAACAUUUCUAAAAGUUUCACUGAGGUAAAAUUUUCUGUUAGUUUUCUGAACUGUUGAAUGCUGACUUCCAGUGCACGUCAGUGUUGGUGUUUUGACCGUAUUCAUGCUCGACAGUUCUAUGUGGAUUCAUGCCGUGAUGAUUAAAAAAUGUCCCGUUGUUGUGCAGUUCUGGUUCGCUUGACAAAUUUCUACACAGACAAGUUUAAAAUAAAUAUUUUUGCUAUUAA